UUGACAAGGACUGUGUUUUGUCCAGCUUCGGUGGAUGGCAGUAGCUGCAGCUGCUGCCGUGGGGGCUCGUAGGGGCAGGAACCGUGGCCAGCUUCUAGUUGUCGAGCAAGAGUUGUCAAGGAAAGCCAAGGAGAAUGAUGCUAAGAGACAACAAAAUGAGGUGGCCCAAUCGAUUCUGGACAAGUACGAUGCGGACAAGAACGGCACGCUGAGCCCAAAGGAGCUGAAAGCCAUGCUGGCAGACUACUCCUUGCACCGCUUCAAAGCGGAGGUGAGGCCGACAGCUGAAGACCUGGUCUUCCUGUUCCGCCUGUUUGAUAAUGGCGGCAAAGCUGGCGGCGGCAAAGCAGACGGCGUCAUCGACCGGAGCGAGAUCCUGAGUAUUCUGGGAGCCUGGGGCGACUUCAUGAAGCAGAAGGAAAUCGUUCAGAACCUUUCUUCCAAGUUCGACAAGGAUGACAACCAUGCCAUCGACGAGGAAGAGCUGCAGGCGAUACUGGAUGCGACGAACAAAUCGCCCGUCAAGCCAGAGAUCACAAAGUGGGUCAUGCGCGAGGCGGAUGUCUCUGGCAACGGCACUCUCAAUGAUUUGGAGCUCGCCCGCGCCUUGUGCGCCUUUGAGCUCUUGUCCAAGGGCGAGCCGAACCUGCGCAAAGACUUGCAGCAAGGCUGGUGAGAGAUCAAUUGGAGGGUUCCUUCCGGAGCGCACAUCGUCAUGGGGCUGCGGGCUUGCUUGAACAAAGGAGGCUCAACAUGGUGAUGCAAUGCCUUUGGAAUGCCUUUGGAUGAGGCUUGGAACUGGCAGGAGUUCAGGUGGACGAGAACCUCCCAAAACCUACCAGGAGCCGGACGUGUUCCGUGCUGUAAUUAGCUUCCUUUCUCCCCCUGUCAAGUGCAAGCCUUUGUGAAGCCCAUGGCUCCAUUGUAGAUUUGAACGUGGCCACCUUGUUGAAGUGUGUCACUUAUUUGCAUGGAUUCCUCCAAGUGAGGAAACACAUUUGCAGUCGCAGCACAUCUGGCUAAGAACCCCAGAAAGUGCCACCUACAGGUUUCACCUUGCACUGAGGCAUGCCUUGCGUUCGGCGCUGCGUUUGGAGU